UUCCCACUGGAUUGCUUCUCAUGGAGUUCGACAUGGCAGUGAACAGCACAUUAGUGAGUUUUGAUGGUGGCAUUCAACAGUUAGAAGGGGAAGAUACUAAAAUAAUCGUACCAGCUAUUCUCAGCACAAUCAGUGGACUUGGGAUCGGUGGGAAUGUUUUGGUGCUUGUGGUACUAAUCUACGUUUUCGCCAGCCAGAGCGCAUCCGAGGCUAAUGUGAUGCUGGCCAACUUGAGCGCAACUGACUUGAUGAUACUCUCUGUGUGCGCUCCGGCGCGCGCGGUCACAUACUACAAGCGCACUUGGACACUCGGACUACUGGCUUGCAGAACUACAGAGUGGAUUCAGCACAGCUGUUUGGCGGUAAAAGCAUUUACACUGUUAGCUACGAGUCAAGCACGUCACAACUUUUACAGUCAUCCCGAGGAGCAGUCAAAUUUUCGUCAGAAAAAUGUUGUGAUCACCUUAAUGAUCAUAUGGACGGUUGCGCUCGUGUUUCCAGUUCCUGAUAUCGUUUUUUCCAGGUUAAAAGAAGAGAGAAAUAUCAGUCUGUGUGUAUCCGAAUUAACUUUUCACUCCCAAGAUGCAAUGCGAGUUUUCAGUAAGAUGCUACCAUUGGGCAUCUACGUUCUUCCCAUCAUCCUCUCUGCCGUGUGCCACAUCAGGACCAUCUUCCUCAUCAAACCGAGUUCCCACGAGGAGUCUUUUCUAGCACGUCAAUAUGAGAAUUCGUUGAUGUAUUUAUGCGUCAUCGCCCUGAACACGCUGAUGACGCUUCCCGAGUGGGUUUCUUGGGUGUGGAUGCGCCAUAGAUCCAGCGAAAGCUGCAAACCGUCAGUCGGUUUGCUGAUUUUUGCUCAGGUGUGCGCUUACUUGAGCAGCAUGUUCUUUCCCGCCAUUCUUCUGACCAUGCAUGUGCCCCUCAGAGAAAGUCUUAGCAAUCUGUGUUCACUGUUGGCUUGUCGACGUGAUAAACACAGACUAAAACUUGAGGGGAACGGAAAUGAGAUGCGCACAGUGGUUAUGAGGGUGUUGGAUGAGCGAGGAUGUGUGACCAUAAUAGAGAGGCAUUCAGAUGCAUCCUGUCAAACUCUUCCAGAUCUCGAGCACUUUUGGAGCGAACGGCGAAACACUACAGUCACAGAGGAUAAUGACCCGUUACCAUGGGAACGACUGAAUCAAAGCAACGUUGAACUCUAA